CAACAUCCGGUGGAGGGAAAGUGUCUACGAUCCUGACUUAAAACUGCUUACCAUCUCUUAUGACCCGACUACCUGCCUACACAUCUGGAAUAACGGGUACUCUUUCCUCGUGGAAUUUGAAGAUUCUACAGAUAAAUCAGCUGCACUUGGUGCAUCGGAAUGCAGUCCAAUUUGAAAGCUUUGGGGAUGCAACAACUGGAGGAAGAUAGUUUGGCUGUGAUAAGAAGACUUUUAAAGCGAGGCAAACAUCAUAAAGAGCUACAGAAAUUGGUGGAUAUUGUGGCAUUGAUUACACAUAAGUGUCCUCACCAUUCAGACAUCCAACUCUCAGGUGUGGAUUGAAUCUGUUGGCCACUGUUGGAUUUGCUGCAGGAUUCUACUUUCUGUCUGUCGCUUAUCCCAGCAUUGCAGCUGGCUCAGUAGGAGUCUUCUGGAUGUGCUUCUGAGGGAGAUUUUCACGAGAGAUUGAUUCAUACCACUGUGAACAAACUCCAAACCUAAGCACUAUAAUCAAUUACCAAAUAGCCCUUGGACAUUUUGUUUUUGAAGUCAAAUGUUUUGAACUAUUAGUGGAAAAUGCGCCUCACUCUACUCCAGUAUUACCAGUAGAACUGAAAGAAGACAAAUGGCAGUAGUAUACAACAGAGAACACUAGCUGUGAAUGGAUGAAGACUGAAAUUUUAGGAGAGUCCACAUUGAAAGAACGUUGUCGGGGCUAAAACAUAAAUCCUGACUGCCUUUCACCAUGUCCUUAAGAGCAAAAUUGCAGUAAGUGACGUUAGCAAUCAUUCUAGAAGAAUAAAACACACAUCCCCUUUACCAAUACAAGUAAAUUUGCUCUUUCCUUAAAGGAGCAUUCAAGUGCAUUAUGCUCAUUUUUACAAUCAUGAAAGAGAGGGCCCAUCUGUGAAUUUUCUGUAAUUUUCAGACCUGGUAGAGAGUAUUCUAUUUUCUCCCUUUCACGUCACAUGCAAAGUCAAGGCACUCCUAGGCCCCUGGGCCCAGACCAAGCGCGGGGCGGAAGUGGGAAGCAGGAGGUUCCCCGCCUCAGGCAGCACGGGCGCCCGCGAGACCCGGAUGUCCGCGGGGCGCUGCAUCUGCGCGCGCAGGACCCCGUGCCCGGACGGCCUCGAGGAGCCGACGCCCUGUGCGCGGGGCUUACAGCCAAAGCCAACCGUCGCCCUCGCCCUGUGCGCUUCGCGUCUACGACUCCGAGGACGUGCGGAAGCCGAAGCCCCUCGAAGGCCCCGCCGCCGCCGCCGCCGCCGCCCCGCGAUCAUGGGCAGCUACCUGAGCAGCUACCUGGGCACAGCCAAGGCCACGCAGCCGCUCCCCGCCCGGGAGCGCCGGGCCCCGCGGCCCAGGCCCGCCCUCAGCACCAGCCGCCUGCCGGGCCCCGAUCACUGCCCCAUCGUGUGCAUCCGCCCGGUCCUGAGCGACAGCCCGCCCCCUGCCGCCCCGCCCCGCCGCCGCGACCACGACGCGGCCCGCCGGGCCCUGCUGCCCGAGGCCUGGAGGCGCGUUCCCAGCGGGCCGCCCCUCCGCACCACCGUGGGGCUGGAUCUUCUCGGCCGUCGCAGGAGUUACCCGUGGGCCGCCCGGAACCCCCGCCGCAGCCGGAGCCUGGUGACCAUCAAAAUCGCCCCGCCUCAGCACAGAGGGAGCAUCUACUGCUGUCCCCCCGCCCAGGAGCAGCCCGACCCCUGCGCCAAGGAGACCGUGCUGAGGGCCCUCAGCCAGUGCAAGAAAGGGAAAAGGAAGUUCGACGGGCCGCUCUGGUUUGAGAGCCCCGACCCCAAGAGAAGCAGUCAGAGCCCGGAGCGCAGGCUGUCGGCCUUCCAGCCCGUGUGGAGAGAUGGCGUCGUCCGGUCCUUUGUGCCCAAGACUGGGCCUCUGAGAAGCUCCAGCUCCCAGUGCAACCGCGACUGAGAGGAGGACACUGACUCGGGCCUGACUACCCCCGGCCCCCUCGGACCCCCCCCCCCCGCCCAUCUCCCCUGGGCAGGACCCCCAAGCCCAGAGCCACCUCUCCCACCCUGCAGAGCCCGCAUUCAGGAAGCACCGCUGAGAGCCAACCCUUUGCCUCCUCCUGCCCACCCGCCCCUCCUGCCUACUCCCCAGAACACCCUUCUCGGGAAGGGAUGCUCUCCCUUACUGCCCAGUUUAGAGUUUAAAGGUUGUUCUUUGUUUAAGUAAUAAAAAUUGUUUUAUUAGCCUA